ACAGCAAUGCAAUCGGAGAACAUUUCCCCUUUUGACCCCUUGGGUGUUGGCAUCAGUCCUGCUUCUCAAAGUGUGCAUGAAAUUCAGAUGAAUAUAUGUACAGCAGUAGUUUGCCGUGAUGACAACACCAGCGUGAGAACGUUCCAGCUCCCUCCAAAUGCUCUCUGGUACCCUCUAGGAUCCAAGCAAGAAGGCGAUAAAGUAGUUUGCUCUUUGAAAUACAGUCCGUUAGAAGAUAAAGUUUUUGAGGAACUAUCUCCGUCUAUUCAAUAUUUAGAUCAAGAAGUCACUUUACAAGCUGUGGACACUUCACCAACACCUGUGCCGCUCCAAGAAACUGCAAGAGAAGAUACUCUAUUUGUUAGUGACAUUACUCAAGAAAAUACUGUCUACUGCUCUGACAGGAGUCCCAGUCAGCCGGACUCGGAAAAGAUGGACCCUUCAGGAAAGCCUAACAUGGAACAGCUCACAAAUGUUUUUGAUACUCUUGCUGAAACGUUGCCAAAAUUGUUUGUUCAACCAAUGGACUACAAAAUAUAUUCUCAAGACAUUGUUUUUGAGAACCGAAUCAGAGGGACCGUCACUACAGGUUUGAUGGCCUAUGUGAAACAAGUUGCUCUUCUUCGAACAAUUGGCCACCUGAAGUUUGCUUUUGUCAAGUUUGAAAUCCUGAAGAUGACAAAGCAUCCCGAGGAUGGAACAGUCAGAGUGCGUUGGAGAAUAAAAGGCCUCUCUGGGUUGAAGGCUAUGAUACAGUUUUGGAAGAUCAAGUUGUGGAACUGGAAGGGUGUUGUUGAUCAGAUGGAAAACUGGUACGAUGGCUUUUCCACUUUUUACGUAGGAGGAGAUGGCCUCGUUUACAGACACGUUGCUGACAGUAUGAUGCCAGAUGAAGAACAAUUAGUGGAGAAAGGUCCAUUGGCCGCCAAGAUGGCACUCCUGCUUGGCCUCACGCACCGACCGAAUCUAGGAGAUGCCAACAGCAUGAUGCCCUUCGAUCUCACGUCAGUUCCUUCUGCACACAAGGACGAGGAGCCAGAUAGUUAUUUACAGUUGAUGCUGCCUCUGGAGAAGAUAUAUUAGAGUAGACAUGGAAAAUUAGACAUUAUAUAUGUUUAACUUUGUUUUGUGUGUGUGUGUGUGUGUGUGUGUGUGUGUGUGUGUGUGUGUGUGUGUGUGUGUGUGUGUGUGUGUGUGUGGUGUGUGUGUGUGUGUGCGUGCGUGUGUGCGUGUGUGUGUUCACAUGCAGAUUCACAAAUAUGCACAUACCCAUUCAUAUACGCACUCCUAUGUAUGUA